UGCUCUUACCUUCCUCUGAACAUUUCUGGGCAGAGAAAUUACUCCUCCUUCAACCAACUCCUUUUUGCCCUUUGCAGGUGGCAUGCGAUGUUAAGGUCUUUUAUAUGGGACAAAAGAAGGAAAACAACUUGGCUGCAAUAAAAACAGAGAGAUGGCAAGAAAGGAGCUGAAAAAAUUUACUACUUUGGAGAUUGUGCUCAGUGUUCUUCUGCUCGUGUUGUUUAUCAUCAGUAUUGUUCUAAUUGUGCUUUUAGCCAAAGAGUCAUUGAAAUCAACAGCCCCAGAUCCCGGGACAACUGGUACCCCAGAUCCUGGAACAACCGCUUCCACGCAGCCUAGGACUACUGGUCCCCCAGAUCCUGGAACAACUGGUUCCACUCCUGUUUCUGCUGAAUGUCCAGUGGUAAAUGAAUUGGAACGAAUUAAUUGCAUCCCUGACCAGCCACCAACAAAGGCCACAUGUGACCAACGUGGCUGUUGCUGGAAUCCCCAGGCAGCUGUGAGUGUUCCCUGGUGCUACUAUUCCAAGAAUCAUAGCUACCACAUGGAGGGCGACCUUGUAAACACAAAUGCAGGAUUCACAGCCCAGUUGAAAAAUCUGCCUUCUUCACCCGUGUUUGGAAGCAAUGUUGACAACGUUCUUCUCACAGCAGAGUAUCAGACAUCUAAUCGUUUCCACUUUAAGUUGACCGACCAAACCAAUAACAGGUUUGAAGUACCCCACGAACACGUGCAGUCCUUCAGUGGAAAUGCUGCUUCUUCUUUGACCUACCAAGUUGAAAUCUCCAGAGAGCCAUUUAGCAUCAAAGUGACCAGAAGAAGCAACAAUCGUGUUUUGUUUGACUCAAGCAUUGGGCCCCUCCUGUUUGCUGACCAGUUCUUGCAGCUCUCCACCCGACUGCCUAGUGCUAACGUGUAUGGCCUGGGAGAGCAUGUGCACCAGCAGUACCGGCAUGAUAUGAAUUGGAAGACCUGGCCCAUAUUUAACAGGGAUACAACUCCCAAUGGAAACGGAACUAAUUUGUAUGGUGCGCAGACAUUCUUCCUGUGUCUUGAAGAUGCUAGUGGAUUGUCCUUUGGGGUGUUUCUGAUGAACAGCAAUGCCAUGGAGGUUGUCCUUCAGCCUGCACCAGCCAUCACUUACCGCACCAUUGGGGGCAUUCUCGACUUCUAUGUGUUCUUGGGAAACACUCCAGAGCAAGUUGUUCAAGAAUAUCUAGAGCUUAUUGGGCGGCCAGCCCUGCCCUCCUACUGGGCACUUGGAUUUCACCUCAGUCGUUAUGAAUAUGGAACCUUAGACAACAUGAGAGAAGUCGUGGAGAGAAAUCGCGCAGCACAGCUCCCUUAUGAUGUUCAGCAUGCUGAUAUUGAUUAUAUGGAUGAGAGAAGGGACUUCACUUAUGAUCCAGUGAAUUUUAAAGGCUUCCCUGAAUUUGUCAGUGACUUACACAAAAAUGGACAGAAGCUUGUCAUCAUUGUGGAUCCGGCCAUCUCCAACAACUCUUCCUCAAGUAAACCCUAUGGCCCAUAUGACAGGGGUUCAGAUAUGAAGAUCUGGGUGAAUAGUUCAGAUGGAGUGACUCCACUCAUUGGGGAGGUCUGGCCUGGACAAACUGUGUUUCCUGAUUAUACCAAUCCCAGCUGUGCUGUUUGGUGGACAAAGGAAUUUGAACUUUUUCAUAAUCAAGUGGAGUUUGAUGGAAUGUGGAUUGAUAUGAAUGAAGUCUCCAACUUUGUUGAUGGUUCGGUAUCAGGAUGUUCCACAAACAACCUAAAUAAUCCCCCAUUCACUCCCAGAGUCCUGGAUGGGUACCUGUUCUGCAAAACUCUCUGUAUGGAUGCAGUGCAGCACUGGGGCAAGCAGUACGACGUUCACAAUCUGUACGGCUACGCCAUGGCCGUUGCCACAGCAGAAGCUGCCAAGACUGUGUUCCCUAGUAAGAGAAGCUUCAUUCUGACCCGUUCUACAUUUGCGGGCUCUGGCAAGUUUGCAGCACAUUGGUUAGGAGACAACACCGCCACCUGGGAUGACUUGCGAUGGUCCAUCCCUGGCGUGCUUGAGUUCAACAUUUUUGGCAUCCCAAUGGUGGGUCCUGACAUAUGUGGUUUUGCCUUGGACGCCCCUGAGGAGCUCUGUAGGCGGUGGAUGCAGUUGGGCGCAUUUUAUCCAUUUUCUAGAAAUCACAAUGGCCAAGGCUUCAAGGACCAGGAUCCUGCCUCCUUUGGAGCUGACUCCCUGCUGUUGAAUUCCUCCAGGCACUACCUUAACAUCCGCUAUACUCUAUUGCCCUACCUAUACACCCUCUUCUUCCAUGCUCACAGCCGAGGGGACACGGUGGCCAGGCCCCUUUUGCAUGAGUUCUACAAGGACAACAGCACUUGGGAUGUGCACCAACAGUUCUUAUGGGGGCCCGGCCUCCUCAUCACUCCAGUUCUGGAUGAAGGUGCAGAGAAAGUGGUGGCAUAUGUGCCUGAUGCUGUCUGGUAUGACUACGAGACUGGGAACCAACUGAGAUGGAGGAAGCAAAAAGUCGAGAUGGAACUUCCUGGAGACAAAAUUGGACUUCACCUUCGAGGAGGCUACAUCUUUCCCACACAGCAGCCAAAUACAACCACUGUGGCCAGUCGAAAGAACCCUCUUGGUCUUAUCAUUGCCCUAGAUGAGAACAAAGAAGCAAAAGGAGAACUUUUCUGGGAUGAUGGGGAAACGAAGGAUACUGUGGCCAAUAAAGUAUAUCUUUUAUGUGAGUUUUCUGUCACUCAAAACCGCUUGGAGGUGAAUAUUUCACAAUCAACCUACAAGGACCCCAAUAAUUUAGCAUUUAAUGAGAUUAAAAUUCUUGGGACGGAGGAACCUAGUAAUGUUACAGUGAAACACAAUGGUGUCCCAAGUCAGACUUCUCCUACAGUCACUUAUGAUUCUAACCUGAAGGUUGCCAUUAUCACAGAUAUCGAUCUUCUCCUGGGAGAAGCGUACACAGUGGAGUGGGAUAUAAAGAUAAGGGAUGAUGAAAAAAUAGACUGUUACCCUGAUGAGAAUGGCGCUUCUGCAGAAAACUGUGCUGCCCGUGGCUGUAUCUGGGAGGCAUCCAAUUCUUCUGGAGUCCCUUUUUGCUAUUUUGUCAACGAUCUAUACUCUGUCAGUAAUGUUCAAUAUAAUUCACAUGGGGCCACAGCAGACAUCUCCUUAAAGUCUUCCGUUUAUGCCAAUGCCUUCCCCUCCACACCCGUGAACCCCCUUCGCCUGGAUGUUACUUACCAUAAGAAUGAAAUGCUGCAGUUCAAGGUAAACACAGUACAUGUAUCAGUGAACUUGAUGUUGGAAACACUGCAGGUGCCAUUGCAGCUCAGAGCUGGGGGCUCUGUGCUCGUGUCUCUGGGAAGAUGGAGAGUGACACAGGCAGGACUCAAGUUUGUCUUAAGAUCCAGUGUCCAAUCCCUUGCGGAGAGGUCAGGGAUAAACAGAUUCGGGGUUGGAUUUCACCUCACCCGUUCUUCCUCGUCAGAUUUGGAGUCCAGGGACUGGGGCCUAAGCAGCAAGACCCUGUGCAUGGAGAGUCAGCAGAUCCUCCCAGACGGCUCCCCGGUGCAGCACUACAACGUGCACAACCUGUACGGGUGGUCCCAGACCAGACCCACAUACGAAGCCAUGCAGGAGGUGACGGGACAGCGAGGGAUUGUCAUCAGCCGCUCCACAUUUCCGUCUUCUGGCCGCUGGGCAGGACAUUGGCUGGGAGACAACACGGCCGCGUGGGAUCAGCUGAAGAAAUCUAUCAUUGGCAUGAUGGAGUUCAGCCUCUUCGGCAUAUCCUAUACAGGAGCAGAUAUCUGUGGGUUCUUUCAAGAUGCUGAAUAUGAGAUGUGUGUUCGCUGGAUGCAGCUGGGGGCCUUUUACCCCUUCUCCAGAAACCACAACACCAUUGGGACCAGGAGACAAGACCCUGUGUCCUGGGAUGCUGCUUUUGUGAACAUUUCCAGAAAUGUCUUGCAGACCAGAUACACCCUGUUGCCAUAUCUGUAUACCUUGAUGCAUAAGGCCCACACAGAGGGUGUCACUGUUGUGCGGCCUCUGCUUCAUGAGUUUGUGUCAGACCAGGUGACGUGGGACAUAGACAGUCAGUUCCUGCUGGGCCCAGCCUUCCUGGUCAGCCCUGUCCUGGAGCUCAAUGCCAGAAAUGUCACUGCAUAUUUCCCUAGGGCCCGCUGGUACGAUUACUACACGGGUGUGGAUAUUAAUGCAAGAGGAGAGUGGAAGACCUUGCCAGCCCCUCUUGACCACAUUAAUCUUCAUGUCCGUGGGGGCUACAUCCUGCCCUGGCAAGAGCCUGCACUGAACACCCACUUAAGCCGCCAGAAGUUCAUGGGCUUCAAAAUUGCCUUGGAUGAUGAGGGAACUGCUGAGGGCUGCCUCUUCUGGGAUGAUGGGCAAAGCAUUGAUACCUAUGGGAAAGGACUCUAUUACUUGGCCAACUUUUCUGCCAGCCAGAAUACAAUGCAAAGCCAUAUAAUUUUCAACAGUUACAUCACUGAUACAAAUCCUUUGAAACUGGGCUACAUUGAAAUCUGGGGAGUGGGCAGUGUCCCCAUUACCAGUGUCAGCAUAUCUGUGAGCGGCAUGGCCAUAACACCCUCCUUCAACAAUGACCCCACGACACAGGUAUUAAGCAUCGAUGUGACUGACAGAAACAUCAGUGUACAUAAUUUUACUUCAUUGACAUGGAGAAGCACUCCGUGAAUUUUUAGAGCAAGAUUCUAACUAUGAACGACUUUGAAACUACUUAUACUUCAUACUCACAAAAUUUAUUGUGUUUUGCUAAUUGGUUCAUACUCACUGUUGGUGAAAUAUUUUUGUUAAUUUUGUUAUAUGUUUUGUGUGUGAACCCUAAAGGUUAAAUCUUAGCCCUGUGGGAUGGGCAGUUAGGGAGGUGUGGAAAAUCUAUGCAUUACCUGAAUGUCUCUGUGUGGUUAGUAUGGUAGUGAUUGUUCAUUACAUGACAUUGACUGAAGAUGAACCGGGUCCAUGAUGAGGUGUAUGUAUGUCCAUGUGUGUAAUCAUGGAAUGGACCCCAUUCUCUUGUUAAACACACAAGAAAAAACUUUCCGUGACAGUUCCAGGUCUUGAGGCUAAUCAGCAUCUCAAGAAAGUAUCCAGAAAGAACUUCUGCUAGUUGAUUAUAGGCAGCAGGGGGAAUAAUACACCUAAUUGGUUAUUGGUGGGGGGACCAUGAUAAGCAAAGAAAAGGCAAACACAAGGAAAGAUCAAAGGAAACAGAAGAUGAUAGUAAAAGUGAUCAUAGUAAGAGCAUAAUGUAAAAUUAUCAACAGCCUCAUGGGGAGGAAAAAGGAAGAGUCAACUCACCUGAGACAAGAGGGUCUUGCGAAAUCUUUAGCAUAAAGGGCUAGUGGUGAGAUUGAGAUCUGAGCAGGCAAAGCUGAAAAGAGAGUUUGGAGGUUAAAAAUAAUUUAUUUUUGCAGUAGUGUGCUUUGAAGUGUGUGAAUCUUAUUUCUAAUGUAUAUAAGCACAUUUCACAUAAAAAUAUGCAAUUUAUAUGCCGGAUAAAAAUAAAACAAGUGAAUUUGCAAGUA